UCGUUGAGUUAGUAUCCCAUAACACAAGUCUCGAAUUUACUUUGGGGCUAGCUCAAUCUGUGUGAUUUGUCCUAAUAUAUUUAUUUAUUUAUCUGUGACAUAAUGGCCGCACGGGGCCUUUCUAAAUCUACGCUGUCUUCCAUCUGUCCACAUCUAAUUGUUUAUUUAAAACAAAUGAUGUAACAACUAGCUUUAAUUAAUUCUACAAAUGUUAUCGCAUAUUUACGUAAAUAAUUACUGAUACGCCGUAUUCCAGUGUAGCGAGAGAAGCGAUCAUGUUUGUUACAAAGCGAGUCCAAAGUGCGCGAAUACUAAACCAAGUUACCGUAUUUAUAAGAAAAAUACACAGUUUUGAUUCGAAAGGUAAAGUUUUACAAGUGAAAAUAAACGGGGAACAGCUAAAAUUUCCCUAUGUCUGGCUUAGAGAUAACUGCCAAUGUGAUCAAUGCUUCCACAAAUCAGCCAAAAGCAGGAUACUCGACUGGAGCAAAUUUAACAUUAACGUUAAACCAAAAGAAGUGGUGGAAACCUCAGAUUCAAUGAAAGUGGAAUGGACCGAUGGUCACAUUUCACAGUAUGGAAUGAAUUGGCUCAAGUAUAGAAAUUUCAGUCCAGAACAUCAACAACAAUAUAAGCAAGCCAUUUUUAAACCUGGCAAGAUUACUUGGAACGGUCAUCAGUUUGAAGAGAUAUGCAGUCGACAUGAUUACAAUGAGGUGCUACAUUCUGAUAAAGCCUUGCAUGAUUGGUUGCAUAAGUUAGCACAAUAUGGAGUUGCAUUAAUUAAGAAUACUCCAAAUUCUGAGACAGCAAUCGAUGCUGUUGUAGACAGAGUCGGCUUCACAAAACGGACGCAUUAUGGCAUCAAGUUCAUAGUGCAAAAUGUAGAAAACACAAGCAAUGUUGCAUACCUAUCAAGUAACUUGCAGAUGCACACUGACUUGCCAUACUAUGAAUACUGUCCAGGUACAAAUUUGUUGCAUUGCUUAGUGCAAACAAAAAGUACUGGAGGGGAGAACUUGCUUUCAGACUGUCAUUAUGUAGCCCAUUACAUGAAACAGAACCAUCCAGAAGAAUACAGAUUGCUAACUGAAGUAGAAGUGGAAUGGAGUGAUAUUGGUGUAGAACACGGAAAUGAAUUCUUCAAACUCCACAGAGGGCCUGUUAUAUGCAUAAACAAACUUGGAGAAAUUACUAGAAUAAAUUUCUCUAUACCACAGCGUGGGAGCCACUUCCCUGGGCAGUUAGAGAUAGUAGAGCCAUGGUACAAAGCUCAUGGAUUGUUUUUAGAAUUAAACCACCGUUGUGCAGCUAAAUUUAAAACAACUGAUGGGGAUAUUCUCACAUUUGAUAAUAUUAGACUGUUGCAUGGCAGGAAUGCAUAUGAAGAUAACAAUAAUAAUGUAAGAAAAUUGAUUGGUGCAUAUAUGGACUGGGAUGAGAUAUACUCAAGAUUGCGUUGCUUGAAAGUGAAACUUGAAAAAUUGGAUGGAAUUUAUUAGUAUACAGUUCUGCAUUACCGUUAAGUAACUCAUACAUAUAAAACUUAGUCUAAAAAUCAGUAGUAUUAAUUUCAUUACUAGUGAUUGCAACGUGUAUUGCAACAUUUUGUUUUAUAUCCAAAUACACUCAAAAGCCGUUCACAUAAA